GCCUCUCCCGUUGCGGAGCACAGGCUCUGGACGCACAGGCUCAGUGGCCAUGGCUCACGGGCCCAGCUGCUCCGCGGCAUGUGGGAUCCUCCCGGACCGGGGCACGAACCUGUGUCCCCUGCAUCGGCAGGUGGACUGUCAACCACUGCACCACCAGGGAAGCCCGAGAGAGGGGUAUUUUUGAAGACAUGUUUAAGAGGCAUGGGUUGGAAGUGGAGUCUCUCCCUGGACCUGACGACAGCCAGCAUCAUGCAGUUACUAACUGCUCUACCCUCACCUAUUGAUGCCUCCCAGGAAAAAACGCCGCCAAAUUUCCCAGAAACCCCAGCUGCUAUUCUACCAACAACCACUGGAGGGCCCCAAACACUGCUCUGAGUCUCCCCAGCUUCCUAUCACCCACACUAGACAGGUGCCCAGCAAGCCCGUUGACCACAGCACCAUCACUUCCUGGGUAUCACCUCAGUUUGAUACAACAGCAGAAAGCUGGUUGCCAGUCAACAGGAAACGUCAUUGCCGAGACCAGGCAAGGCGUUCAAGUCGAAAAUCUACCAGCUCCAAGUUUCCACACCUAACAUUUGAGAGUCCACAGUCUUCUGCCAGUUCAGCCAGACCUGGUAUCCCCCUAAUCAGGGACUGUCUCAGUCAACCAGAAAAGGACAUUUCUGGAAAGCCCUUGGUUCCCAUGCUCAGCCCCCAAAGCUGUGGGGAGCUGUCUGCACAUGCACUUCAGAACUUCCCUUAUGUGUUCAUUCCACCGGAUAUCCAGAGCGCAGAGUCCUCAGGGCAGGGAGGGCCCAUUCCCUCGGAGCAGAGGGAAAACAGCCUUCCCAGCUGCUCCCUUCACACGAGCACGCCCAAGAGCCCAGAGCCCGGGCCUGUUCUGGUUAAAGACACUCCUGAGGAGAAGUACGGGAUAAAGGUCACAUGGAGGAGGCGCCAACACCUGUUCACUUACCUCAGGGAGAGGGGGAAGCUGAGCAGAAACCAGUUCCUUGUGAAAAACUGACUGGGUUUCUCGGACAUCCGUGGUCUCAAGAAAUUGAUUGCUGGAGUCCAAAGGGAAUUGAAUUCCCAGAUUGGCUUUUUAAAAUACCUUGUGUCAUAAACAGUUUUUAGUGUCAUAAACAGUUCACUUCAUAUUUUCCUUGUAUUAGCUGUUUAAAUUUUUUAAAUAUCUUGUAACUUUACAAAGUCUGUAAAUAAAUAAAUGGCUGCAGAAAGUUU